AUGGGAAGGGUGAUUAGAAUUUAGAAAAAAUUUCUCUCUCCUACGCAGCGGUCACGUGCGGUCUGAGGUACGGCGUCGAGCUUUUCGCUCCUUCUCUGCAGCCACGAUGCGACACAGACAGAAAACGCAGAGAGAAAGAUAGAAAGAGGGAAAAAAAAAUAAGGGAGAGAUCGAGUUUUUGAAUCUCAAAUUUGAAGAAACCUCCCCAAACGUGCUCAUGGUUUCGUACUACCACCACCUCCAACUCCAACAACACCUGCAGGCUUUUCCACGGCCGUCUUCAUCAUCACUCUUCCCUCUAUUAUUAUUAUUAUUUCUCUCUGAACUCCAGUCUCCACUCCACCGACGCGCUCUCUCAAUAAUGACUCCAUUAUUGCUAUGCAUUAGCUUUCAAAUCUUGCAUUAUUUCUUAAUUAAAUAAAUGAUUCAUUCAUUUCAUUCAUUCACUCUCCACCACGCAGCACUGUUUUCUCAGCUCUGCUCCCACUGCUACUGCAACUACUGCUCUGCUGCUACUGUCACAAAACUUUUCUUCUGGCUCGCAAUUAUCCCCCACAAAGUCAGAAACCCUAUUUUCUUUUUUAUCUUCUUUUUUGGGAUUUCGCAUUCAUACCUAACCAUUUUUUACUCCGUUUAUUUCUUCUCACCUACUCAUUAUUGCUACUGCCACUCCCACUAUUACUAAUUUACUAUUCACCGCUAUUGGAGGAGUUUUAGUGCUUUCUUCUGCUACUACCACUGUCACUGCUUCUACUUCUUCUGCUUUGUUGUGUGAAAGUUCGUCGCUGUUGCCGGCGGCUUGGGGGAGGGGGAGAAGUGAUGGCCGGUUCUUCAUCGAUGCCGUCGCUGCCGCCGCCGUGUCCGAAGUCGCCGCCGGAUUAUCCGGAUUUGUACGGGAAGCGCCGUGGGGCGGCCAAGGUUCAGAUGCUUGAAAGAGAGAUUGGCUUCCUCGAGGAGGAAUUAAAAUCCAUUGAAGGCCUUCAACAUGCUUCUAGAUGCUGUAAAGAGGUUGUUGACUUUGUGGUGGCAAACUCGGAUCCUAUAAUUCCCACAAAUUCAAAGAGCCGCAAGUCUUGUCGUUUCUGGAAGUGGCUCUGUGGAUGGUCCUGUUUCAAUUUCUCAUGGAUAUGCUGUUGUCCCCGGUGCUCUCUCCAUCUAGAAAUGCCAGACUGCUGCGACUGCAAUUGCAAUCCAUGUAACUGCUGCGACUGCAAUUGCAAUCCUUGUAACUGCUGCGACUGCAAUCUAUGUAACUGCUGCGACUGCAAUUUAUGUAACUGCUGUUCAUGUUUCAGUCGUUGUUGUUCAUCUAUCGGCUGUUCCUGUUUCAGCUGUUGUUCAUCUAUCAGCCGUGCUUGUUUCAGCUGUUGUUCAUCUAUCAGCCGUGCUUGUUUCAGCUGUUGUUCAUCUAUCAGCCGUUCUUGUUUCAGCUGUUCAUGUCUCAGCUGUCCAUGUUUCAGUCGUAAAUGCUUCAGCUGUUCAUGUUUCAGCUCUUCAUGUUUUGGCUGUUUACGACCCAAAUGGCGCUGUUGCCGUUGUUCACUACCAAAAUGUCGGUGUUGCUCUUGGCCUCGUUUUAACUGCUUUAACUGCUUUAAAAAGAUGUCAUGCAGUAGACAUUGUUGCAUUCUUCAAUGUCCUUCAUGCCCAGAUUGUUCUUGCAGCUGCUGGAGAUGCUGCUCUUGUCCUAAAUGUCCAAAGGUACGCCUUUGUCCUAGUUGUAAAAAACCCAGUUGCAACCCUUGCUGCUUAUGUUACUAGAAUUUUUCCGCAAUUCCAUAUGGAUGCAUUGUUCUUCAACAUGCAAUUAUUUUUACUGCAGUUCAGUUUUUUUUUGAGA